AUGGACGAGUUGAGUCAGUCAGGAGCGUCAGCUAAUGAGGACGACGAAUGGGAACGGUUAGGAGAAAUGUUGUCUCGAGUGCAGUCACCUCGGAUAGUUCGAAUAGGGGCUCGCGAUGUUGAUUUAACCUGGCAGGAGUUAGAUACAUCUGAAGCUGCUGCAUCAGGCGGACCGUUCCCACAGAUCGAUGCAUCGGAAUUUUCAUACGAGAUUGUUUUAUUUGAAAAUUCCGUAGAUGGACGUAUUGUUUGCAAUUAUAGAUGCGACCCGACUACCGGUAACUCUGUGACAUUGUCCCUUUUACGCCCAAACACUCUCUAUUAUGUUCACUUGCGAGCCUCACUUGAAGAAAGAGGUUUACAAGGAAGUGCAUCUCGUAGUACUAGUUUCCGGACUCUUUGUGCGGUUCCUGAGCGGCCACGACCGCCACAACAUCUCGUUUCUAAGUCCCAUCACUCGCUAACAAUUCGUUGGGCUCCUGCAGUAGACAAUGGAUCCCCCAUAAGAUUUUACCGCAUUGAAUUAGCACCAGAAAAGAGUAAGGAUGGAGUUUAUAAGGUUGUUUAUGAGGGACAAGAGGAGAAAGCCGUUAUUGAUGGAUUGGCACCUUUGACCACUUACCGGAUACGUUUAAUAGCUGCUAAUGAUGAAGGCGAAUCUAAACCUUCUAGUGAUGCUAUUUUUCAAACAUGUUCGCUGCCUCAGCCACCUAGUCCUCCCAAACCCCCACAGCUUACCUUUCUCUCUUCAAAAACUAUAAAACUUUCUUGGUCAAUGCUGGCAGAUCAUCAGUAUUCUCUGCAAAUGUCCGAGGCAGGUCGACCUUCACAAGUCUGUGUUCUUUUGGAGAGAGCACGUCAAGAUUAUUUUGCGAUGAACGACCUAUCUUGCAAUCGUCAGUAUCACUUUCGUCUGGUAGCCCAUAAUGAAGCUGGUGACAGUGAACCAUCUGAACCGCUGAUAAUUAGAACUCCAAGGCCUCCUACUAGUCCUCCUACCUCUCCGCCAGCCACCCCAACUAGGCUCCGAGCAAGAAACGUGGAUUCGCGCCUCGAGAUAGGGUGGAAGCCGGCACCGUCUUCCAUGUCCGAUAGGACAGAGUAUGUAUUGGAAGGUAGUUUAGAUGAUCCACCAAAGAAUUGGAGUGUAAUUUACAAGGGUAAUGCUACAAGUACUAUUGUUCGAGACACGAGUUUGUGUGCAUUUCGAGUUUCUGCCUGUCGAUUCCAAUCUCAGAGCAACUGGAGUGAAAUCCUGACUUUGAGGAAGAGAGAAAAACGGGCGGCGUCGUCUGGAGUUGGGAAGUGUGAAGCUCCGAGGCUUGAGGAGCUUUCAGAAGGAUGUGUAAAAGUAUCAUGGGAUCCUUUGAUUGGCACGCAGCCGCCGCGGAUUAAGUAUCACUUACGGACAUUGAAGCCGGAAGUUUCAAUCAUCUAUAGGGGUUCGUUGCGUAGUUUUUCAACCAUCGUUUGGCCAUCAAGUAUUUUAUUUUCAGGAGAAGAAACAACUUACGAAAUGCAGAACUGUGCUCCCGGAGCAGAGGUUGAAGUACAAGUUCGUGGUGUUGCUGUGAGAAAUGAUGGUACUGAAACUGAAGGUGAAUGGAGUACAAGCUCCUCACUGCAAGUUGCUCCACGUUCUCCUCCUCCCCCAACAGAUGUUCAUUUGGAUGAAAACAAUGAAUUGCAUUGGACUCCUCCUGUCACAGAAAAUGGUGCUCCAAUCACUGAAUAUCUGGUGGAGCGUCUUAUUUUUACAAAACCUCAAAGUUGUUUUUUAUUUGAAAUCUCAGAAAUCUAUGCGAAAGAAGCAUCUUUAACUGCCUCUUGCAGUUACAAAAUCUUUCAUAGGGCAAUCGAGAAAGAUGAGCUCGAAUCGAAUUUGGACUGGACUUCGCGUAAUGUAGCCGCAGAAGAACGGUCUUUAUACGUUGGUGAUGGGCGUUACGGUUAUAAAUAUCAAAUUAGUGUUUUUGCUAUCAAUGCUGGAGGCACGAGCGUUCCUAGCGAAUGUGUUUAUUUGUAUAUUCCUCCAGAUGUUCCUUCGCCUGCACCUGUUUUUCAGGCAAGCGCUCAAGGCUGCGGGCAGCUGCGAGCGUCAUGGCGUGUCCCGCCUUCAAAUGGGAGCGAGCUGAAAGGUUACCGGUUAAUUGUAGCAGAUGAAGACACCGGCGAGCAAGUCUGUGAGAACCAGAUUCCCUCUACUGAGAAUGCUUUUGACAUAGAAAACCUGCAGCCUGAUCAUCUGUACAAGCUGAUGCUGCACGCUAUUAAUGAGGUAGGUGAGAGUUGUGCGUCAGUGUGUAUCGCAAGAACAUCUCCUCCGCCCCCGCCAGCUCCAGUUUUAAUCUGCGGUGAAGCUAGUCCAACGUUUUUGAAACUGAAAUGGAAGCCAGCUUCUAACAGUUCUUCUCCUCCCUCUUCUCAGCUUUAUUAUUUGGAACGAGAAAAUGGCAGCGGGAAAUUUUCGAGAAUAUUUGAAGGAGAAGGUCGGUACUAUAAAGUACGGAAUCUUACUGAAAAUACGAAAUAUCGUUUCCGUAUACGUUGUAAAACACGCCUCUCUGGUAUGGGAGAGUGGUCGGAACCGUACGAAUUUACCACUUUACAGCUACCACCUCCUCCAAUUCGUACUCCUCCUACGAUUAACGAAGUCGCUUCUGGAUCUUUCCAGAUUGAGUGGCAACCAAUAAGGAACUCUUCUUCAUUGUCGACAUCUAGUGAUUCUGUUUUUUAUAGACUUCAAACUGCUCCUCGGACCGCAAAUGGUCCAAUGUGGAAAACGGUAUAUGAAGGAGUCUCGACUUCUUACUCUCUAUCCACAAGUGAAAAUCUGCAGCUAAGAGUGCAGUCUGUCAGAAUAAGGAACGGAGCUGAAAGUGUUUCUGUACCUUCCCCUAUUCAAUAUGUAACUCCGUCUAAUAUCUCUUCAUCACCUACCAGGGCAGCAGAGGAUGUAUUUUUGGGCAACCCUGAACAUCUGGCUUCGCACAAAAUGAGUAACAUGCAACGGAUCCAAUAUUAUUUAAUUUCGGAUACCCAUUAUGCUGUAGCAAUCGUGGUAAGGAUUUUUUUUGCAGUGAUGAGUUGCAACUCUAAAGUUUUUUUUGUAUUUGUUUGA